AUGAGUGGGAUCGGCAAUGGCGGAGGGGAGGGGUUUAGGGGACUGUUGCUUAGGGUUCGUGACGGGCUCCGGAGCGGGAUUCGAGAUGGCGUAACGGAGGAGGGGAGGAGGGAAGGGGAGAUGUGGGGGGAGCCAAACGAACUAAUCGAGCAUCUCAAGCUGAGAUGGUGGAACGUUAGGUACUUAGGUGACGAAGGGAUGUGUGGUGCAUGCUAUCAGGUCUUGUGCACCAAGAAUGCUGCGUGCUCCGGCAAACCAGUGACCAUCGUGAUCACCGAUGUGUGUCCCGGCGGUCCCUGUCUUGCCGAGUCCGCCCAUUUCGACCUGAGUGGGACUGCGAUAGGGGCAAUGACAGGGUUCGUGGAGCAGGAGUGCUCCAAGUGCAGUACACUAGGUCAGAACUCUCACCGGGUGCAGUGCAACGACCGGGGCGCCGGCGUCGCCUUCCAUGUGGGAGCUGGAACGAACCCGUACUACUUUGCUGGGCUUAUAGAGUGCUAA